AGAGCUAGCUAGCUAGUAGCUAGCUGCGCACCGGCAGUACGUAGAUCCCGGGCGGGCAAUCGAACCGCAAACGCCUCUGGGUUUCGGGAAGGGUGCUUUGCUCUUUGCAGCCAGCUGGCCGGCCGGCCCUGGUGUUUUAUAUAACUUGGAAGGUUCAGUCGCUGACAGAGAGGAAGAAGAAGGAAGGAGGAGGAGGAUGGGGAGGAAGCUGGGCCUCGACAGGGUCCUCGACUGCUUCUCGCUCUCCCUGUGCUCCAGCGCCUGCGCCUGCGUACACUCCGUGGAGGAGGAGGAGCAGGAAGACGAGGACGAGCGGAAGGCCCUGGUGAGCAGCCAGCUGGAGGAGCUGGUGAAGCUGAGCAGGGAUCUCGUCGGCGGAGCCGCCAAGACCCUCGCUUUCCAUCUGGAACCAAAGACCGUGGAGCUCAAGGUGUCCAUGCACUGCUACGGGUGCGCCAAGAAGGUCCAGAAGCACAUCUCCAAGAUGGACGGCGUCACGUCGUUCGAGGUGGAUUUGGAGAAGAAGAAGGUGGUCGUGAUCGGGGACGUGACGCCGUACGAGGUGCUGGCGAGCAUCUCCAAGGUGAAGUUCGCGGAGCUGUGGGUGGCCCCCCAACAACCCCAAGCAGCAAGCCGCUGCGGAAAGGCGCCUGCAGGUGGUGUAGUGUAGAAGAUCUCCCAAUGGAUGCUCAUGUGUUCUCUUGUAUUCAUCCUGCAUGCAUGGGCAUGGCUGUAGCUCAGGCGGGCGGGCGGGCGGGCAAAACCACUCAGAAAUGUAAGCCACCAGGAAGCAAUGCAAGCAACCGUGUGUGCGUGCGAGUGCAAACGAUUUGGACGUGGGGGACACCUCACGUACGCCUUG